UAAUAAGAUUAUCAAAAAAAUAAAUAAAACAUGUGGAACCCAAACUCAGUAGACAACAGGCAGUUAGAGAAACGUGUUGUAGUCGGGAGGGUACGACCAACAUGGGCGAGGAAUCUUCCGGAAGCCAGAGAUGAUGAUGAUAAGUCUGAAAAUGAAGCUGGCGGCGUCAUGCCACAUAGUGAACCUCCAUCACCUACAGAACCAUGGGAUCAGAAGGGAAAACAGGAAGAUAAAUAUGACGUGUUUGGAAAGGUGAUGUUGCUGGGAGACAGCGGCGUCGGCAAGACUUGCAUGCUCGUCAGGUUCCGUGACGGCACGUUUCUCGCCGGAAACUACAUUUCCACUGUCGGCAUCGAUUUCCGGAAUAAGGUAGUGACAGUGGAUGGCAUCAAGGUAAAGCUUCAGAUUUGGGAUACCGCGGGACAGGAGCGCUUUCGUAGCGUCACUCAUGCUUACUACAGGGACGCUCACGCACUGCUGCUCCUGUACGAUGUAACCAACAAGACUAGUUUCGACAACAUCCGCGCCUGGCUUGGCGAGAUACGAGAGUAUGCUCAGGACGACGUCGUUAUUAUGCUUUUAGGUAACAAAUCGGAUAGCGGCUUAGAAAGAGCGGUGAGGCGGGAGGAGGGGCAACGCCUAGCGCGGGAAUACCAAGUCUCGUUUAUGGAAACUUCGGCAAAAACCGGAUUGAAUGUCGAAGCAGCAUUUGCUCAUGUGGCGCGCUCUCUAGUUGCAAAAGCGAACCCCGUCGACCCUUCCAGGCUAGCCGUGCGCGCGCAUCCAUCACAGGAACAAAAAUCUUCGUGCCCACCGUGUUCAUAAAAGACGCAAGCAAUAAAACGGUUUUCGAAAAUGGAUUUUGAAUUUGAAUAUAUUCCAAACGUCCUAACGUGGACCGAAAUUGGUACGUUGGACUUGGAACUUUUUACCAAUCACUUUAUGUAGAUGCAUAUUGAUUAUAAACACUUUACUAUAAUUAGGUAACGUAAAUAUGCAUUUAAAUCAAUGUCGACCAUACUUUUAGCGAAUUAAGGAUGUGCAAGUAUGUAUUUAUUUCUCAUAAACUUGAAUCUUAAGUUCGAAUAAGUAAUCGUUCACUAUAGUGUUGUUAGGCAAGCGCUAAGUGUUAUUUCAAUAAUAAUAACUUAAAAACACCUUCAGAAAAUUUACUUAAGGUAAUUAAAUAAAGUGGGUUCUAUAGAAGACGAUAUUACUUCGAUUUGUUGGAACAAAACUGUAAUAUAAUAAAUCAGUGAAAGUUAUAAUGUUGCGUAAACAAAAACUGUUUACGCCACAUUAAGUCAAAAACAAUUUUCAUCGAGGUCAACGUAAAUUGGAUAGAUACGAAAAUCAACUUUAAUUUUGACGUUUUAGGUGCUCUUUAUGUUACGAAACAGCGUUAAUUUAAUACUCAUAAACGCUCUGAUACGUCGUAAUUACGUUAGUAAUUACCUGUUUUAUCAGGACUUAAUUAAACACGUCUUACUUAUUUACCUUACGUAGGUAUGGUAUCACUCAUAUUUUAAAAAAUAUUGUAAAAAUUUACCU